AUGGCCAAAGACCCUCCUGUUUACAAAAAAUUGAGAAAUAAAGUUAACAGGCUAAAUAACAGUCUUAGGAGUUCCUUUUUUGCAAAUAAGGUAAAAAACUGUGACAAUGUAGCUUCCUGGUGGAAAUCCAUCAAACAACUUGGAGGACUUCCUAAGAAAUUACCAGUAUCCAAUGUUUUUGUAUCGGGCAAAGAAUUCCAUUCAACCGAAUUAGCAACAAAAAUUAAUGAAAGCUUCCUGU